AUGUGCCUUAUCUUCCUGCUGAUAAGCAACGGCGCUACAGUCUUCGCACAGUUCAAUGGAUACAACUGUGAUGCCAACUACCACAGCAGGUUUCCUGGAGAACGGGACAUAAGUGUGUACUGUGGAGUCCAAACAAUCACCUUGAAGAUCAACUUCUGCCCGGUGUUGUACUCCGGCUACACCGACGCAGAUCUGGCCCUGAACGGUCACCAUAGCGACACCCAAUGUCGGGGCUUCAUCAACAACAACACCUUCCCGACUGCCCUCUUGUUCAGCAUCAGCCUCAGCACCCUGGAGGCCUGUGGGAACAGCCUGGUGGUCAGCACGGCCUACGGGGCGAACGCCUACGGGAACAUGUCUCUGGUGCAGAUGGGGAACGUCUCGGGCUACAUCGACACGCCGGACCCGCCGACCAUCAUCAGCUACCUGCCGGGCCUGCUGUACAAGUUCAGCUGCAGCUACCCGCUGGAGUACCUGGUCAAUAACUCCCAGCUGGCCUCCUCCUCGGCUGCCGUGUCUGUCAAGGACAGCAAUGGUACCUUUGUCAGCACCCUCAGCAUGAUUCUCUACAACGAUUCCACGUACAAUCAGCCUCUCUCCAUCCCAAUGGCUGGUCUGGCCCUCAAAACCCGAGUAUUUGCCGCAGUCAAGGCGACUAACUUGGACAAACGGUGGAACAUAUUGAUGGACUACUGUUACACCACCCCCUCAGGGAAUCCUAAUGAUGAACUACGCUAUGACCUUUUCUCCGGGUGCAACAAAGACCCACAGACGACGGUCUUCGAGAACGGAAAGAGCCAGAUGGGACGUUUUUCCUUCGAGGUUUUCCGGUUUGUGAAGCACAGGCACCAGAAGAUGUCCACCGUCUUCCUGCACUGCGUCACCAAGCUCUGCAGGGCGGACGACUGCAUCCUCCUCAUGCCAAUAUGUGGGCGGCGACGCAAACGGGAAGAGGAAGCCAACUUUGGGUCGCUGCCAGCCGCGAGUGGCAACGCAGUCAUCACUGCAGGACCGAUCAUCACCAGGAGUGAGGAAACUCCUGUGAACAACUCCCAGCUCGCAAGUGGUGCGCCCUCCCGACUGUUGAACCCGGUGACCACCACUCUGAUCACGGGCGUGUGCGUCCUGGGCGGGAUCAGCACGGCCUUCUUCGUGCUGCUGGUCCGAGUACUGAAGAAGUCCCGCCUCCCUCCGAGUGAGACCUCAAGUGUUUGGAAUCCUGGUUUUAAAUGA